AUGUCUACUCCUGUAGAUUCCAGCCAUGAUGCAGAUGAGGCCAGAUUCCGCGCUCAGAUUGUGAAGGAGUUGAGAGAGGAGAUGCACGCUAUGUUCAUCUGUACCCAAUGCCGAACCAAAGGAAACAUAGUGGUAGUCACCGAUGACACACUGCCAACGGGGGAGAUACUGCCUGGGGAUUCCUGGGCUUUAAUGAUGAUUAAGCAAAACACUCGCUAUGAGAUGCACCCUUUGAGAGAAGAGCCAAUCCUCUCGGGAAACGAGUCAGCUGCCCAAUUGAGGAGAAUACUGCAAUCGACACUCGAUGAAAACAGGGAUUUAGAAGCACAGCGCAGUGCUGCGAUUGAGAUCAUGGAACAAAUGCGGAGUGAUCACCAUCAAGCAAUGUCCCUGCAAAUAAAUGACUUUCAGGUGAGCAUUAGAGAAAUACAGGAUCAGAUUCAGAAAGAGAGGGAUGCGACUACCGAGCGCUUGAGUCUAACAGUUGAGAAAAAUCGACUGCUACAACAAAAUUCUGUUUCGCUAGACUCAAAUCUUGAUAAGGUCAUCGGAGCCUUGAAAGAAGAACGGAAGAAGAAUCUUGGGCUGGUGUCUGAUUAUAAAAAAUUGAGCGAAGAACAUCAGCAGCUACAAGAAAAUUCUGUUUCGCUAGACUCAAAGCAUCAAGAGAUCAUGGGAAGCUUGAAAGAAGAACGGAAGAAGAAUCUUGGGCUGGCGUCUGAUUAUGAAAAAUUGAGCGAAGAACAUCAGCAACUACGCUCAAAUCACGAAGCACUCCAAGAAACCAGUGAGAGGGUCAAGCCCCUUCUAAGCAUUGGGAUAGCCUUGAGACUGAGGUGGCUUGAGAAUAUACACUUUAUGUUCGAAGGUCACAAUGGCAGAAUGCUAGAUGGACGCAUUGUGGAGUCUGGUAAUAUCGCAGCUCACGACCCUAAAUUCGAAGCGGACUCGUUACUGGUGCAGCACGCUGGUCUUUCGAUUGAAUCCAUUGAGCGAGUCAACGAAAGUAUGCAGCGAAUAUAUGGGAAGAGACAUGUACCAACAUCAGCAGACUUAUCGGUUCCGCACACAUACCCUUCCGCUCUGAUGUUUGUGCUGGACUGCAAGACCGCGGCUGCAAUUCAUCAAUCUCGCGAGUUCCUGGUGGACUACCCAUAUCACCAAAAGCUUCGCUUGAUUUUGAAAGAGAUGAUGGUUAUUUGGGAGCGCGCAGAAUCCCGCGAGAAAUUUGAAAGCAGCACUAGGGUGGAAGAACUACGGAAAGAGGCGGUUCAGAUCUGGGAAGCUGUGAAAAUUGCAUUUAAGAGUAGCAAGCGGAGAAGCCGGCCCCCAGAUUAA